UCAAACAAACGGGGCGUCAGUAACGCGCUUCUUUGCUUCGAACCUUGGUUUUGUCCACUAGUAGAUAUUCGACACGUGGAAGUCUCCAGCACUGUCUAGGCAGUCCCAUUCCGGAACACGUGUCCCAGAAGGGCGAGGAGAGGACUCUCUCUCUCUCUCUCUCUCUCUCUCUAUUUUCAGUCGGCCCAUAUUCAGGAGUUCUCUCGCUUUUUCCCCAUCAUCGUCUCUCUUUGAGAAUAAGCAUACGCGUAUGUAUAUCGUAUAUCUUCGUCAAUUUCAGAGGAUACGGAAAUCUUUGAGCAUGAGUAUCUAGUUCUCUAGGUGUCGUCUGCUCUCUCUGUCUCCUCGUCUACUCUUUGGAAUCUGCGGCUGUUUGUUUUCUCAAGUAUGGAUGUUUCGAUGAUGAAGAUGGGUUAAUUUGAACGGACAAUCAGAACUCUUUCAUAUGCAUGAUCCGUCUUGUGUCGCAGCAUUGGGUUGAGCAUAUAGCUGUUACUAGGGAAGUGCACAGCAUUGUCAUCCAUCAUGGAUCACUCAGACCAGCGGCAGCAGUUUACCCACCAUAACCAGCAACAACAGCAGCCAGCUGCAGGAGUUGUAGCCGGCAGCGGUCAGGUGGCGUAUGCUUCUGCCCCUUAUCAAGCAGCCCCUAUGGUGGGUACCAGUGCUCCAGCUGUGACCGUUUCCUCUCCAACUCAGCCUCCCGCUGGUUUUGCCCCUCAACAACAGCUUGGCUACCAUCAGCCCCAGCAUUUUCAUAGUCAGCAGCAACAACAGCAACUUCAAGCUUUCUGGGCGAAUCAAAUGCAAGAAAUUGAGCAGACUACUGAUUUCAAGAACCAUAGUCUCCCGCUUGCUCGAAUAAAAAAGAUAAUGAAAGCUGAUAAAGAUGUCAGAAUGAUUUCUGCUGAGGCUCCUGUGGUAUUUGCCAAGGCAUGUGAGAUGUUCAUCUUGGAGCUGACACUGCGAUCUUGGAUACAUACUGAAGAAAAUAAAAGGCGAACCCUUCAGAAGAAUGAUAUUGCAGCUGCCAUCUCAAGAACUGAUGUGUUCGACUUUUUGGUCGAUAUUAUCCCUAGAGAUGAAUUGAAAGAAGAGGGACUCGGCAUCACUAAGGCUGCAAUUCCGUUAGUUGGUUCUCCAGAUGCUCUUCCAUAUUAUUAUGUGCCCCCACAGCCUCCCAUCGCAGCAGCUGGAAUGAUGAUGGGGAAGCCAGUCGACCAGGCAGCUCUAUAUGCUAGUCAACAGCCGCGACCACCUCUCCCUUUCAUGCCAUGGCCGCAGUCGCAUACUCAGAGUCCAUCUCAGCAGCCACCUCCACAGCAGCAACAAGGUGAUUCAUAAUUGAGAGGCUAAUUGCAUCAUAGCUGAAUCCCCGGGGAAGUUGCAUCAUAAUUGCCAUGACCUCUUUGGCAAAAAGCUGGAGAAGUUUGUAUUUUGUUAUUGGAAAGUUGUGUAGUAUUCCUAGUGGCCGUGGUGUAGGAACUUUUUACUGGUGUAGUGAAAUGACCUUAAAGUUAGCUUACUCUGGUAUACUUCAUUUUGCUGGUGGGAACUGCUGAACAAAUGGUAGAAAAUGCUCCUCUCUGGAAAGGGAAAGAAAGAAGAACUCAUUGGAAAA